AUGGAUAUUGAGUUGUCUAGUUAUAUAGAUUUGGAGUUGCUUGGUUAUAUGAAUUUGAAGUUGUCUAGUUCUACAGAUUUGGAGUUGCCUAGUCAUACAAAUUUGAAGUUGUCUGGUUUUACGAAUUUGGAGUUGUCUGGUUAUAUGAAUUUGGAGUUGCCUGAUUCUAUAAAUUUAGAGUUAUUUAGUUCUACGAAUUUGGAGUUGCCUAGUUCUAUGAAUUUGGAGUUGUCUGAUUCUACAAAUCUGGAGUUGACUGAUUCUAUGAAUUUUGAGCUGCCUGAUUCUGAAAAAUUUGAAGAGAACAAUAAUUUGGCUAACUCUGAAAAUUUGAAGAUGAAUAGUAAUUUAUCUGUAAAUGUUAAUAAAUUAAUACUACAAAUCUUAUAUAAUACUAUUAGCAAAUUUCAAGGUAUAAGAGUUUAUGAUGAAUCUGAUACUGCUAUGAUGUUGCAACAUCUUCUUAAUUUAAAAGAACAGGAUCCUAAAUAUAUGGUUAUUUUACGUUUAGAGGAUAAAUUAAAUAAUUAA